AGAGAGAGAGAGAGAGAGAGAGAUUACCUCAACAGCUAGGGUUUCAACACUUCGAAGGGCGGUGAAUAUCAGAGUUGAGGUGAAAUGAGGUCAAUUUUCUGUGGGAAUUUUGAUUAUGAUGCUCGGCAGUCUGAACUUGAACGGCUUUUCAGAAGAUAUGGGAAGGUUGAUAGGGUUGAUAUGAAGUCGGGAUUCGCUUUUGUUUACAUGGAGGAUGAAAGAGAUGCGGAAGAUGCCAUUCGUGCUCUGGACAGAAUUGAAUUUGGUCGAAAGGGCCGUAGGCUCCGUGUUGAGUGGACCAAGCAAGAAAGGAUCAGCAGGCGACCAGAAAGCAGUAGAAGAUCCUCAUCUCACAUAAGGCCCUCGAAGACCCUGUUUGUAAUCAACUUUGAUCCAUAUCAUACUAGAACAAGGGAUUUGGAGAGGCAUUUCGAUCCUUAUGGGAAAAUAUCAAACGUAAGAAUCAGGAGGAAUUUCGCUUUCGUGCAGUUCGAAUCUCAAGAAGAUGCGACAAAAGCUUUAGAUGCUACCAACAUGAGCAAACUUUUGGAUCGUGUCAUCACUGUCGAAUAUGCUGUCAAGGAUGAUGACGACAGGCGAAACGGGCACAGCCCUGACCGAGGCCGUGAGAGAUCACCAAGGAGCGGCUAUGACAGGGCAAGAUCCCCCAGUCCACGUAGGAGAGAUAGGGAAAGCCCUGAUUACGGGCAUGGUCGGGCCCGUAGCCCAAGCCCGUACCACAGAGAGCGAGCUAGCCCAGACUAUGCUCGUAGGCCCAGCCGCAGCCCCAGCAGGAAAGAACGGGACUCUUACCGUGGUCGUGGCAGAAGCCCAAGCCCGAGGAAGGAGAGAGAUUCUGAUUACCAUCACAGACGCAGCCCAAGCCCUCGGAAGCGCAGCCCGAGUCCGCAGAGGGAGAGGUCCAAUGGGGACAAUGGCCAUGGGCCCAGCCGGGCCAACGCGAGCCCGGGCUAUGGGCAUGGCCCAAGUCCAAGUCCCAAAAGAGAGGAGCAUAGGGAGAAAGCUAUGAGCCCAGAUGACUAUGGCCGUGAGAGAAGUCCGGUUUAUAGUGACGCAGAAAGCCCUCCUCGUGAGCAUGGGUAUGGGAGUCAGUCGCCUGGGGCGCGAGAGCUUGAAAAUUAGAUGAUAAGUUCGGUUUGAUUGAAGCCAGUACUGCUGCUACACUUCACAAACAUUGUUACUGGCGAGGUAACAGAAUCACAUUCACACCCCCGUGUCAGAAUUGUCGCUUUGUUUUAGAUUAGAUGGACAUUGCAUUUGUUUCUGAAUAUUCGAUUUGUGGAUUUUGCUCUGAAUCUGAUGUAGCUAGUGACUGGUCUUUGCUGAAACUUGUUAAAACUUCCGUUGUCCUUUUUCUUUUUGCCUUUUUGUUGGCUUCAUGUGGAUUGUUUACUUCUAUUAUAUUUUGUUGACUGGACAUUGUCUGUUGCCUGUAGAAACCCGGCAACCGAUGGGCAAUCUUCGUAUUCCUCUGUUUCUUUUAUCAUAAUAUGCCAUUAUGAUGGGGUUGAGGGUAAAGUGCUUAUUCAUGCGACCAAUGACGAUACCAAAAUAUGCAGUUA